AUGAGUCAAUACAAAACUAACAAUGGAAAGAGUAAUGAGUUGUGUCAAUUAGAAAAGAUGUUUAGUAGAAUACAAGAACAAUCAACAUCAUAUAAUGUUGAGUUAAUUUUGUAUUUAGUUGAAAAAACUAAAGAUGGUCCUGUUCAAAUAAUGAGGGCGUUUGACUACUUUUUUAGAAGUACUUCUCAAAAACUAUUCAUAAUGAAGAUUCAUUUAAUUGAUGCUCUUAUUCGUUUUAUUCGUAAAAAAGAAUUACAAUAUUCUUUUUAUUGUAUGUCACGUGCUACAAUGACUGCACUUUGUAGAAAUAAUUAUGACCUUACACGAGAAGACAUUGAUGCAGCACAUCAGUUAUUUAUUCUAUGGGAGUCAAGAAAAAUUCAUGUUAAAUUCCUUCAAAUGUGGCAGUCAUUACUUGAGCAUCCUGAAAGAGACAGUUAUAUUUCAUUCUUAACUAACCAAAUUUUAUUUAUCCCUCUACCAAAUGAAAAUAGAGAAUUACUCGUUAAUGAGAUUGAAAGUAACUUUGACUCUUGUGCAGCUUCACUCGAUGGAGACAAAAUUAGUAUUGUUGCUGACACCAACCAAGACACUAACUAUAUAAUUAAUUGGCUUAAACAACGGUAUAACUCAAAUUACACAGACAACAUUUAUGAUCCAUCACACUCUAAAGCAAUAAUCAGAUUUCAAAAUGAAGACUGGAUGCCAUAUGACACGUUUUCUUUUGGAUCAGGAUUUGUUACAAUGAAUAAAAAUGAUAUUCCACCUAAAUUUGUAGUAGAUGGAGUUACAUACUAUCUUCAUCUCAAAAGAAGGUCAAGAAGUUGUUCAAGAAGACGUUCCUUUUCAAGAAGUUCAUCUUCAAGCAAUAGAAACUCUUUCAGAUCACCUUACCAUUCACCUACAAGAAGACCAUCACCACUACCUUUUGAAUAUAGAGAAUCAUAUAGGUCUUCUCUUGAUAUAGAUCGUCGUUCUUUUUCAAGAGAUCGGUCAAGAAGUCGUUCCUCAAAUAUUUUGUAUAGAAAUUCAUUCAAAAAUGAUUCUCCAGAAAGAAGGACGUCAAAUUCUAGAAGAAGAUCAUUUAGUCCAAGACAAAGUAGGUCAUAUAAUAAUAGGUCGAACUCAAGAAGUAGAAAUUAUAGAUUAGAUCAUUCUAAUCCUAACCAUUCUCCAAGAUAG